CAAUUUUCCCAUUUACAAUAUCUACGUAUGUUUUUUGACAACCUUUUAAAUUAAGAAAAAACCUACAACAAAACCAUCUUCAACAUCUAGCAACAGAGCAACCAUGGUAGAGGUAGACCCAGCUUUUGUUCAAGAGCAAGAACACAGACCAAAAUUCUCCAUCAUUGAAGCCAAAGGAAUUCCUGAAAUUGAUCUCUCUCCAAUAUUCCACCAUGAUGUUCCAAAUCCAUCUGCUAUUGAUGCCUUAGUGAAGGAAAUCGGAAGUGCAUGCAAGGAGUGGGGAUUCUUUCAAGUCACAAACCAUGGUGUUCCUUUGAGUCUUAGGCAGAGGCUUGAGGAAGCUUCUAGAUUGUUCUUUGCUCAGAGUUUGGAGGAGAAGAAGAAAGUUGCCAGAGAUGAGAUCAAUCCAACUGGUUAUUAUGACACAGAGCACACCAAGAAUGUUAGGGACUGGAAAGAAGUGUUUGAUCUUCUUGUUAAAGAUCCCACUUUGGUUCCUCUGAAUUCUGACGAACAUGAUGAUCGAGUUAUUCAAUGGUCUAAUCCAUCCCCUCAAUACCCUUCACACUUCAGAGCUUUAAUUGAAGAGUAUAUUAAAGAGAUGGAAAAGCUGGCCUUUAAGCUGUUGGAACUAAUAGCUCUGAGCUUAGGAGUUGAAGCAAAGAGGUUUGAAGAAUUCUUCAAAGAUCAAACUAGCUUUAUUAGAUUCAAUCGCUAUCCUCCAUGCCCUUCUCCUCACCUUGCUCUUGGCGUUGGAAGACACAAGGAUGCUGGUGCCUUAACAAUUCUUGCUCAAGAUGAUGUUGGAGGUCUUGAAGUGAAGCGUAAAACGGAUCAAGAGUGGGUUCCUGUCAAACCUACCCAAGAUGCUUACAUUAUCAAUGUCUGUGAUAUUAUUCAGGUUUGGAGUAAUGAUGCUUAUGAGAGUGUGGAGCACAGAGCAACAGUGAACACGGAAAAAGAAAGGUUUUCUAUUCCGUUCUUCUUCAACCCAGGACAUGAUGCCGAAAUCAAGCCUUUGGAGGAGCUUAUAAACAAGCAAAACCCUUCAAAAUAUAUGCCAUAUAAAUGGGGUAAGUUUUUUGUCCACAGACUACACAGCAAUUUCAAGAAACAAGAUGUGGAGAAUCUUCAAAUUUACCAUUAUAAGCUACCUUAGAGAGAGAUAUAUAGUUUAAUAAAAGUAUCACUUAGCUCAUGUAAGUAACCAAAGAUUGUUUCAAUUUAGUGUUUCUGAAAUGAGUGAGUGUGGUUGCAAUCAAAUUUACUAUUAAAAUUA